UUAAGCUUUUACAUUAUUGUCAGAGAAAUUAUUGUGUAUUUUAAAAAUUCGACUAAAUAGUAAAUUGAAAAAAAACAGUGUGUAAUGGGCCGGAGCUUAGAAAGAGCCUAGCCGAUUUCUUAUACAGUAUCAGAAAAUUUAGCUUGCGGAAUGACAACACACCGCCUCGUCCACAUCUGUACAGUGAAUAGCUCCUGCCGUGCUGGGGAGCUCGCCCCGGACCGAAAGCCAACCCGUCCAUUCCUCGUCACCACAUCCGAUGCCCGAGAACUCGGUUCAAGUCCAGAUAAUGCAGGCCGUCGGCGGAGGAAUCGCCGGAGCUGCGACGCGGGCCAUAACCCAGCCGCUGGACGUGCUGAAGAUACGCUUCCAGAUGCAGGUGGAACCAGUCACCAACCAUCACGGGUCCAAGUACCGAGGGGUCAUCCACGCUUUCAAGUCGGUGUACGCCGAGGAGGGAAUGCGCGGCAUGUUCCGGGGUCACAACUCCGGUCAGGUUCUGAGCAUCUCGUACGCUCUGGUGCAGUUCUGGUCCUACGAGCAGCUCCGCUCCAUGGCCCACCAGUGGGACUUCUGGACGGAGCGCCCCUUCCUCAUGUUUUUCAUCUGCGGCGGCAUAGCCGGAUGUCUGGGCGCCGUGGCGGCCCAGCCGUUUGACGUGGUGAGAACCCAGAUGGUGGCCGCAGACCCCUCCUCGCGCCGCAGUCAGAUGAACACUUUUUCUGGACUUCGCAAGGUCUAUAGAAUGGAGGGGUGGACGGGUCUGUCCCGAGGAUUGCCCUUCACGCUUGUGCAGGUGUUUCCGCUGGUGGGGGCAAACUUUCUCUUCUACAAGUACCUCAACGCCGCCGUCCUGAUGGCCAAGCCUCCCGACCAGCGCCAGGAGAUCCACGGAGGCUUCCUCUUCCUCAAUGGGGCACUGUCCGGGGUGCUGGCCAAGAUGAUCGUCUACCCGGCGGACCUGCUCAAGAAGCGCAUCCAGCUGAUGGCCUUCAAGCAGGAGCGCAAGACCUUUGGCCGCAACCCCGAGUGCCCCACGAUCCUGGGCUGCAUCACCACCACGUUCCGGGAGGAAGGAUUCGGGGGCUUCUAUAAGGGGAUGUCGCCCACCCUGCUCAAGGCGGGCCUGAUGAGUGCCGUGUACUUCUCCAUUUAUGACAUGUUUAAGCGCCACUAUAUAGCUCCAAUGAAAGAGGCGGAGAAAAAUCGGCACAAACGUGACAAGCCUUAGUAUCUUGGGAGAAUGUGUGGAAUAUGGAUGAGCGAACAUGUCAAAUAUAAGUUAAACGUGAACAGUAGACUAGACGACCAGAUGGCCAAGGACGGACAUUGCCGUCUACUUCCAGCUUGGGUUGGAUCCUGCCCAGCCGCCG